UGCCACUUUAAUGAAAUUUUUCACUCGCUGGGUGCCGUCGUCAAGCUUUCCGUUCGUGGAGUUGUUUUCGCAAAAAUUGUGAGUAAAUACUGUGCUGUUCGGAAUAAUUGUGUUAUCAAAGUGAAAUUCAACAGACUGGGCAAGUUUGAAAUGUGAACCGGAUCGGUUUGCAGUUGAUUUUGAGGGUUAAAAAGUGAAUUGAAAAUUUUGUUCAUCGGCAGCCAUUUUCUCGUCUAGAGUGAAUUAGGUGGCAGCAGAAAGCGGAUUUUUCUCGGUCUAAAAUAUCGGUUGUGCAAUAAGCAAAUUUCGUUGCUGGGAAGUGAUUUUGUUCGAAAAUGGCGAGUCCAUCGCCUGUGAACAGCCCAAUGCCGCCUCCGCAAGCACCCAGUCCGAUGGGUCCGCCGUCACAAAGCCCGGCGCCUUCUCCGUCACCGCAUAGUCCCUAUCAACCUCCACCCCCGGGUCCAUCGCAAGGGCCUCCGCAUAUGGCUCCGGGACAAGGUCCACCACAUCCGCACGGUCCACCAGGUCCUCCCCAAGGAGGUCCAGGUGGUGGCCAUAUGCCACCUCCUCAGCAUGGGCCUCAGCCGCCGAACCCCCACGGUCCACCUCCACCCCAACACGGUCCCCCGCACAUGAACGGACCUCCAAUGCAGGGCCCACCCGGACCACAAGGUGGCCCGGUACAAGGUCCUCCGCCGCCGCAUCACAUGCAGGGUGGCCCUCAAGGACACCCGGGAGGACCCCCGGGACCACACAUGCAACAACAUCCACCGGUUCCUACUCACCCUCAAAUGGGUCAACACUCGGGACCGCCACCGCAGUCCCAGCCGCCGCCGCAUCCGGGAAUGCCCCCACACCAGGGACCUCCCGGAAUGCCGCCAGGAAUGGUCCCCGGCGGAUAUCCUCCGCACUCGAUGCCCCCCAAUGCGGGUCCCCCACCACCCGGUCCAAUGCAACAGGGUGCUCCCGGUGGCCCCGGUCAGGGUAUGGUUGGCCCUGGAGGCCCACAAAUGAUGCCCGGUGGUCCACCGCCGGGCCCUCCCGGUCAGGAAAAUCUCAACGCCCUACAGCGUGCUAUCGAUUCUAUGGAGGAAAAAGGUUUACAGGAAGAUCCACGCUACUCCCAGUUGUUAGCUCUUCGAGCCACAUCUAAGCAGCAAAAUCUGAACGCAUCUCAGCUGCACCAAUUGAGGGGCCAAAUCAUGGCUUAUCGGCUGCUAGCCCGGCAUCAGCAGAUAAGCAAGCAGUUGGCAUCCCAGAUUCAAGGUCAACGAUCUGAAGGUACUCCCCCACAAUGUCCAACACCUCCAGCUAGUCCAUUCCCAGGACCACAGCAAGGCCCAUCGCCUCAACCCGGCAUGCCACAACAGCAACAGCCACCUCAACAACCUGGAGCACCACCCGGUCCACCACAAGGUCCCCCAGGAAUCCCGCCAGGCAAAGUUGGUCCCCCAGAAGUCGGAAAACCAAUCGCAGGUGGAAUUCCACCCAAUCAAAGUCCCAUGCCAGGCAUGACAAUGGGAGGUCAGCAAGGUCCUCAUCCGCCACAAAUGGGUGGUGCACCCGGACAGCCACAAAGACCAAGCUCCCAAGGACCAGCCGGUGCUCAAGGCCCACGACCAGGUGCUCAAGCUCCGGUAGUUCAACCCAUUCAGAAACAGAACCGUGUCACAACCGUAGCAAAACCGGUCGGUUUAGAUCCCAUUACCAUCCUUCAAGAAAGGGAAAACCGAAUGGCUGCUCGUAUCGCUUUACGCAUGGAAGAGCUAAGCAACCUUCCGGCUACCAUGGCCGAGGACUUAAGAAUUCAGGCACAAAUAGAACUCCGUGCCCUAAGAGUUUUGAACUUCCAACGUCAGCUACGUUCAGAGAUUGUACAAUGCACCCGUCGAGACACAACUUUGGAAACGGCGGUCAACGUCAAAGCCUAUAAGCGUACCAAACGUCAAGGACUUCGCGAGGCUCGUGCCACCGAAAAACUUGAGAAACAACAGAAACUCGAAGCCGAACGCAAGCGUCGCCAGAAACAUCAAGAAUUCCUUGCCCUGGUCCUUCAACACGGCAAGGACUUUAAGGAAUAUCAUCGUAACAAUCAAGCUAAGCUGGGUCGACUGAACAAGGCCAUCAUGAACUACCACGCCAAUGCCGAGCGGGAACAGAAGAAGGAACAGGAGCGUAUCGAGAAGGAACGUAUGCGUCGUCUGAUGGCCGAGGACGAAGAAGGUUACCGAAAGCUUAUCGAUCAGAAAAAGGAUAAACGUUUGGCUUUCCUGCUUUCGCAGACCGACGAAUACAUCGGCAACCUUACCGAGAUGGUCAAGCAGCACAAGAUGGAUCAGAAGCGCAAAAAGGACGACGAAGAGGAUAGGAAGAAGUACCGCAAGCGCAUGGUGCUGGAGAGUGGGGAUAUUCAAAACUUGGAUACCGACUGUGAGGCACAUGAUUGCCGUGUCACGGUUAUGGAGACGGCCACCGGUAAAACUAUUAGCGGAGACGAUGCACCAUAUCUGCGGGAUCUGUACGGAUGGUUGCAAAUUCAUCCCGGAUGGGAGUAUGUUAUUUCCGAUGCCGAGGAUGAUGAUGAUGAAGACGAGGAAGGUGGAUCUCACAAGAAGGAGGAAACUCAGGCAGAUGAAAACAAAACGAAGGAGAUCAUUCAGAAAGCCAAGGUUGAGGAUGAUGAGUACAAGACGGAAGAGCAAACUUAUUACAGCAUCGCUCACACCGUUCACGAGAAGGUUACCGAGCAGGCUUCGAUUUUGGUGAACGGAAAGUUGAAGGAGUACCAAAUCAAGGGAUUGGAAUGGUUGGUGUCGCUGUUCAAUAAUAAUCUGAAUGGAAUCUUGGCCGAUGAAAUGGGUUUGGGUAAAACCAUCCAAACCAUCGCCCUGGUGACCUACCUGAUGGAGAAGAAAAAGAACAACGGCCCGUACUUGAUCAUCGUGCCGCUCUCGACUCUGCCCAAUUGGUCUCUGGAAUUUGAGAAGUGGGCUCCGGCUGUUGGUGUGGUUGCCUACAAGGGUUCCCCGGCCGGUCGUCGUACCUUGCAGAACCAAAUGAAGGCCACCAAGUUCAAUGUGCUGCUCACCACGUACGAGUACGUCAUUAAGGAUAAAUCGGUGCUGGCCAAGCUGAACUGGAAGUACAUGAUCAUCGACGAGGGUCACCGUAUGAAGAACCAUCACUGCAAGCUGACACAGGUUUUGAAUACCCAUUACAAUGCGCCCCAUCGUUUGCUACUUACCGGUACUCCGCUGCAAAAUAAGCUACCGGAAUUGUGGGCUUUACUGAAUUUCUUGUUGCCCUCGAUUUUCAAAUCCUGUUCAACCUUCGAACAGUGGUUCAAUGCACCGUUUGCCACCACAGGCGAGAAGGUCGAGCUGAACGAAGAAGAAACGAUUUUGAUUAUCCGUCGUUUGCACAAGGUACUUCGUCCGUUCUUGUUGCGUCGUUUGAAAAAGGAGGUGGAAUCGCAGCUGCCGGACAAGGUCGAGUACAUCAUCAAGUGCGAUAUGUCCGGAUUGCAGCGGGUGUUGUACAAGCACAUGCAAAGUAAGGGUGUGCUGCUUACGGAUGGUUCCGAGAAGGGUAACAAGGGUAAGGGAGGUGCGAAGGCUUUGAUGAACACGAUUGUUCAGCUGCGAAAGCUUUGCAACCAUCCGUUCAUGUUCCAAGCAAUCGAGGAGAAAUAUUGCGAUCACAUUGGUGGGCAAGGAACGGUUUCCGGUCCGGAUUUGUACCGCGCUUCGGGCAAGUUUGAGCUGUUGGAUCGUAUUUUGCCGAAGUUAAAGGCUACGGGACAUCGUGUGCUACUUUUCUGUCAAAUGACUCAGUGUAUGACCAUUAUCGAGGAUUAUCUGGGAUGGCGUGGCUUUGGCUACCUUCGCUUGGACGGUACGACGAAGGCUGAGGAACGUGGUGACUUGCUGAAGAAGUUCAACUGUAAGAAUUCGGAGUAUUUCAUCUUCUUGCUGUCAACUCGUGCCGGAGGUUUGGGUUUGAAUUUGCAAACAGCCGAUACUGUGGUUAUUUUCGACUCCGAUUGGAAUCCUCAUCAGGAUUUGCAGGCACAGGAUCGUGCCCAUCGUAUUGGACAGCGUAACGAGGUGCGGGUGUUGCGUUUGAUGACGGUCAAUUCGGUAGAAGAGCGUAUUUUGGCCGCUGCUCGGUACAAAUUGAACAUGGACGAAAAGGUCAUUCAGGCCGGUAUGUUCGAUCAGAAAUCUACCGGUAGCGAACGUCAACAAUUUUUGCAAACAAUCUUGCAUCAGGAUGAAAUGGACGAGGAAGAAGAGAAUGAAGUUCCGGACGAUGAAAUGGUAAACAUGAUGAUUGCUCGUAAUGAAGAUGAAGUGGAAAUAUUCAAAAAGAUGGACACUGAAAGGAAGGCAGAGGAGGUUAAGCCACGUUUGAUCGAAGAAUCUGAGCUGCCAGACUGGUUGGUCAAGGAAGAAGAGGAAGUUGACCGUUGGGAUUAUGAGGAGGAUAAUUGCAUUUUGGGUCGAGGCUCUCGCCAACGUAAAGAAGUCGAUUAUACUGAUAGCUUGACCGAAAAGGAGUGGUUGAAGGCUAUCGAUGAUGGAGCAGAUUUCGACGAAGAACUUGAGGAGGAGGAACGUGAGCGCAAACGUAGAGGCCGCAAACGGAAGGGAUUGAAGGAGGAUUCGGACGAUGAAACUUUGAUCACUAAGGUUACCAAACGUCGCAAGGGUACGACGGAUCCGAAAGUUAGGAAACAGAUGAAGAAGGUGAUGAAAGCGGUCAUCAAAUACACUGAUCAGGAUGGUCGAGUUCUUAGUGAACCAUUCCUGAAGCUACCCUCAAAACGGGACCUGCCGGAUUAUUAUGAAGUUAUUAAACGGCCGAUCGAUAUUCGUAAAAUUAUGACUCGCAUUGACGAGGCCAAGUAUGCCGAUUUCCCCGAUUUGGAGAAAGAUUUCUUCCAGUUGUGUCAGAAUGCUCAGAUCUACAACGAAGAAGCUUCGCUCAUAUACGAAGAUAGUGUUGAGUUGCAAACAAUUUUCUCGAAUGCUAAGAAGAAGAUUAUGGAGCUGGCCGCCGCCGAAGAAGAGGAAUCUGAAGAAGAAGCACCCGUGGAAGAUGAUGAAAACUCAGAGGAGGAAACCAGCAGCGUCAAGAUGAAGCUGAAGAUUUCCAAAGCGGGAAGUUCUUCGUCGUCGAAACCGAAGGGAACGCCAGGCCGGCGAAAGCGAUCGCAAAAAAAGUAUACUAUAUCCGAUGACGAUGAUGAAGAUAUGGAUUAAGCUGCCGGUAGAAAUGCAUAUUUAUCAAAUGUUUACCAUAUAAUGAACUUCUGCUUUCAUCAAGCUCUACAAAUCUAACCGCACUGAAAACUUGCAGUCCUUUAUAAUACAUAAAGUAAUUGUUAUAAUGUAGUAGAUGUAAGAAAUGUAUUUUAUCCCGAUAAAAUUUGGUAAUUGUAAACAAAGUAAAUCCGAAAGGUUUUUUGGAUCAAUUGAUUGAUAAGACAAAAAAAAAUUGUAAGAUUUUAUAUGCAUGACGGUAUGAUGUACUAAAAUUGGUUUGAUAUUUGAAAGGGAUAAUCUCUGUGGCAAAAACAAUAUUAUGUUUCACAUCAUUAAACUACUUUUUCAGAAUUUAACUUAACUAUUUUAUUCGACGGAGUAGAAUCAAACAUGAAUAUAAAUCUUCAACCGAAUAUAAAAUUAUAUAAAGCUAUUUAUAGUAUGACAACAAUAUAAUCAUAAUAAACGCUAGAAUCGGCAAA